AUGCUACGAGCAUAUUGUCGUGGCUACACCCACAUCGACAACCUUGCCCGUUUAGCCUAUGAAGGUUCUCACAUUCGUUUGACGUCACCGCUACCACACCAGCGCUCCUUUCCGCUUAAUCACCCGUCAGCAUUUGACCGCAUUAACGUCUUACGCGCCAACACACGCAAGAAGCAAGAUGUCUUCCGCUGCAUCAUCGUGGACGCGGACAUAAUUUCGGCAGUGCCACCCACGAUCUAUCAUUUUCCGACGAUGCCUCGGCGCUGCUCCAAUAUUGCCAUGGAGAUCAUCCGCUGCAAGCACGCGCCACCGUCAAAUGUCGUCAAGUACCGAGUGCAGCUUCCAUCGCGUCCGUCGCGUCGAGGGGACCGCGAGUAUGCGAGAAGGUCCUCGGUUCACCGCCGCUAA